AUGCACAAAUGUCGUUUUGGAAAAUUGAGUAAAGAUAUUCAAACCUUUACCGGUUGCAACAAGAAAGUUACCACUCCUUGGAAAAGUGGACACUCAGAGAAGGAGAUCAUGGAUGAGGCGCAUGCCAUGUUUUUUGUAGACGAGAAAAGAGAUUUCAAACAUGAGAAUGCAUGGCGGAUGGUGAAAGAUAAACCAAAGUGGAAGGGAGACUCAAUGACAACCAAUUCAAGGGGACAAAAGAAGUCAGGAUCUGGGGUGCACGCAACAUCGUCUGACCCAAGUGCUUCAAUUGAUUGCGAUGAAUAUGAGGCAACACAACCAACAACCCGCCCUAAGGGAAAAAAGGCAGAGAAAAGAAAGGCCAAAACAACAGAGACUGCGCCAAGUACUCUAUCUUUUGUUCCUCACCUUGAUAUGAUAGCCAUGGGGAAGGCUAAAAUGGAAAUGAUGGCAAAUUUUAAGGAGCUCAGGACUAGAGAACUAGAUUUGCAACAAGUUGACCAACAACUGAAACAAGGUGAACUACAAAUGAGACAAGAUGAACUCAAAUUUAAGAAGGCUGAGAAUUUUAAAGCAUAUAUGGAUCUCCUUAACAAGAACACAUCUGGAAUGAGCGAGGAGGAGUUAGCAAAGCAUAAGUUACUAUGUGCUUUCGCCUUGCGUGAACUAGGAAUGUCUUAA